GAUGUGCGCUGCACUAGCUCCUUGUGUAUAAAAGGAGACCAUCGCCGCCGGCCCAGAGUCGCAGUUUUUGCCCAGGUUCUGACGAAAGACUGAGAAUGCACAUCCAGCUCUUUGUCGUGGUCUUGCUGUGUUCUGCUGUAUGUGAUGCCCAAGGGUCAAGGCUGCAGAUACAGGGCAUGAACUUCGUCAAGGAUGGUCAUCAUGUCGUCCUGUCUGGUGCCAACACCGCCUGGAUCGACUACGGCAACGACUUCGGCAACCACAACUACCAGCGGAACCGAGAGCGGUUCCUACACAAGCUGGACAUGGUCAAGAACGCUGGCGGCAACUCCAUGAGAACCUGGAUCCACGUUCACGGAGCUACGUCGCCAUACUUCGACAGCAACGGCGAUGUCGUCAGGCUGGACAGAGAUGGCACGUUCCUGUCGGACUUCAAGCAGUACCUUGACGACGCCCACAGUCGCAACAUUCUUAUCUUCCCCUGCCUCUGGAACGGCGCCGUGGUGCAGCACCAGGAACUUUUGCACGGUCUGAUCACCGACACCAGCAAGCUGCAGACCUACUUGGACAAGGCGCUGAUACCCUGGGUUACUGCCGUCAAGGACCACCCCGCACUGGGUGGCUGGGACAUCAUCAACGAGAUGGAGGGCUUCAUGAACCCUGAGAUCCACGACAGCGACCCCUGCUUUGACACAACCUUCCUGCGAAACUCUGGAACUGGGUGGGCGGGCAAACUGUACACUGCCAAGGAACUGCAACGGUUCAUCAACUGGCAGACGGAUGCUAUUUUGCGGACUGACUCCCACGCCCUGGUCAGCGCAGGAAGCUGGAGUCAGAAGUCGCAGACUGACAAAUUUGGCGACCACAACCUCUACUCUGACCACUGCCUCGUCAAGGCUGGAGGAAAGCAGCUGGGAAAACUGAAUUUCUAUCAGACUCAUUCCUACAGCUGGCAGGGAGCAUUUCCAAGUGACUCGACUUUCCGCCACAGCGCUGCUGACUUCGGCCUGGACAAGCCAAUCGUGGUGGGCGAGUACAUGCAGAGUUCGGGUGGAGGGAUGAGUUCGGCUCAGCUCUUCACCUACUGCUACGAACACGGGUACGCGGGAUGCUGGAUCUGGAGCGAUGAGAGCGAGGACAUCCAGGCGUCCGGCAUCCGGGCCAUCAGCUCGCGCACAGACCACGGGGUCAUCCACCUGACCUUGUAGUCCACUUCCAGUCAUGUCGGGUGUCAAGGUACUCGGCUCUCGACAAGGCAUCUGACCCCACCCAUGGCGGGAUGAUGUCACCGUCGGUUGAAAACGAUUGGCUGCUGCACAUUAGUAUCAGGAUUUUCUGGAAUAAACUCUUCUUAACCUC